CCGGGCCAGGCAAGAUGGCGGCCAUGGAGGCCGAGGCGGCGCUGAUGACCCUAGAGUCGCUGCCCACCGAUCCCCUGCUCCUCAUCUUAUCCUUCUUGGACUAUCGGGACCUAAUCAAUUGUUGCUAUGUCAGUCGAAGACUUAGCCAGCUAUCAAGUCAUGAUCCACUAUGGAGAAGACAUUGCAAAAAAUACUGGCUGAUAUCUGAGGAAGAGAAAACACGGAAGAAUCAGUGUUGGAAAUCUCUCUUCAUAGACACUUACUCUGAUGUAGGAAGAUACAUUGACCAUUAUGCUGCUAUUAAAAAGGCCUGGGAUGACCUCAAGAAGUAUUUGGAGCCCAGGUGUCCUCGGAUGGUUUUAUCUCUGAAAGAGGGCGCUCGCGAGGAAGACCUUGAUGCUGUGGAAGCUCAGAUUGGUUGUAAACUUCCCAAUGACUACCGGUGUUCAUAUCGAAUCCACAACGGGCAGAAGUUAGUGGUUCCUGGGUUGCUGGGAAGUAUGGCACUGUCAAAUCACUAUCGUUCUGAAGAUUUAUUAGAUGUCGAUACAGCUGCUGGGGGAUUCCAGCAGAGACAGGGACUAAAAUAUUGUCUCCCUUUAACUUUCUGCAUACAUACUGGUUUGAGUCAGUACAUAGCAGUCGAAGCUGCAGAGGGCCGAAACAAAAAUGAAGUUUUCUACCAAUGUCCAGACCAGAUGGCUCGGAAUCCAGCUGCUAUCGACAUGUUUAUCAUAGGUGCUACUUUUACUGACUGGUUUACCUCUUAUGUCAACAAUGUUGUAUCGGGUGGCUUCCCCAUCAUCAGAGACCAAAUUUUCAGGUACAUCCAUGAUCCAGAGUGCGUAGCAACCACUGGGGAUAUUACGGUUUCGGUUUCCACGUCGUUUCUGCCAGAACUCAGCUCUGUACACCCACCCCACUUCUUCACAUACCGAAUAAGGAUUGAAAUGUCGAAGGAUGCGCUUCCUGAGAAGGCCUGUCAGUUGGACAGUCGCUACUGGAGGAUCACCAAUGCUAAAGGAGACGUGGAAGAGGUCCAAGGGCCUGGAGUGGUCGGUGAAUUUCCAAUCAUCAGUCCAGGUCGAGUAUAUGAAUACACAAGCUGUACCACAUUCUCCACAACAUCAGGCUAUAUGGAAGGAUAUUAUACCUUUCACUUCCUGUACUUUAAAGACAAGAUCUUUAACGUUGCCAUUCCCCGAUUCCACAUGGCAUGUCCAACAUUCAGGGUGUCUAUAGCCCGAUUGGAAAUGGGUCCUGAUGCAUAUGAAGAGAUGGAAGAGGAGGAGGAGGAGGAGGAGGAGGAAGACGACGAUGAUGAUUCAGCAGAUAUGGAUGAAUCAGAUGAAGAUGAAGAGGAGGAGAGACGGAGGAGGGUCUUUGAUGUUCCCAUUCGCAGACGCCGCUGUUCACGCCUAUUUUAGCGCUUCUGCUGAUGGAAGCACUGGGAUGACUCUAGUCUGUUAAAUAGAUUUC